ACUUCCUCCGGGAGGAUAUAGCUGAUCGGUGGAGGAAGCUGCUACCGGGAGGUCAUUUUAAGAAACGUCUGACAUUUUCUCGCCAUGGGCUUCGCAGCGGACGAGGCGAAGGGUCUCCCUCCCCCGGGCAUCUUGAACCGGAACUCGGUGUGGCUGGCCGGGGUCGGCUGGUGCUCCGCCAUGCUCCAGAACGCGAUCAACCACAGGCCGCCCAUGAGAGCAGGAGUUCAUCGACAGGUCCUGCUGGCGACGAUCGGCUGGUUCAUCGGUUACCACAUCACAAAACAUGAAAAUUACACUUACGCCCGACUUGAUCGAGACAUGAACGAGUACAUCAGACUCCACCCACAGGAAUUUCCUGCAAAGGAGAAAAGGACCAUGGCAGAGAUCUUGGAGCCUUUCCAUCCUGUGCGCUAAGUUGAUGGAGUGAGAGAGAGAGAGAAUAUCUGUGGACUACCAUCUGUCUCCAGUGGUCUUUUUGGUGAAAUUAUUAUUGUGUGAGAUAUAGCUCUGUAAAUAAAAACUUAACAAAUUCA